GAACUCAAAAUUAUAGUAAAGUGAUGAAUGAAAUGAACAAUUGAGUAAAAAGGUGACGACGACUGAAGGACUUGCAAGUAAACUUUUAAAUGCAAGUGUUAGAGUUACACCGAAUGACAAACCAACAAGUCCUGAAGAAAAAGUAGUCGCUCUAUCAUCAUCAUCGGAAUCAAGAGAAAUGGUAGGAGGAAAGUUGGGACAAAAACCAUCAUCUUCAUCAAAAGGAGCGCGAUCAGAAGAUGGUAAAUCUGAAAUACAAGUCGGUACCAGUACAUUAUUAAAGAAUUAUGCAGUAUGUGGAAAAGCAGCAAUUGGGAAAGGUGCAACUGCUGUCAUUAGAUUAGCACAUAAAUGGGAUAGACAAACUGAUAAACUCUAUGUAGUUGAAGAGUUUCAAAAACAUAGAAAGAAUGAAAGUGAAAAAGAAUAUGUUAAGAAAUGAACUAGCGAGUUUUGUAUCUCUUAAGUAGUACAAUCAGUGAAUGAAUUUUCAAAGCAA